GGACCCCACGAAAAGAGAUGGUCCGAGAUAAAAAGAGAAUUUUAAUGGCCCAAAUGCACAACAUAAGGAUCAAAGGAAUGUAAAAUAUCUUCAUCAAUGUUUUUUUCACUGUCUGAUGAUCAAACAACUUGACGAAGCCAACUCCAAAAGAAAACAAUGUCACAACAAGAGGGACCGUCUUUGCCUGAGAAGAAAUCCUGCAUCUUCUACAAGUUAAUGGUGGCCUCCAUUCUUCAAGACAAGAAGCUAAAGAUCCCAAAUAAAUUUGUUAAGAAAUUUGGUGAUGAGCUCUCUUCGAUUGCUACACUUGCUGUCCCCGGCAGUCGUCUCUGGCUAGUGGAAUUGAGGAACGAAAACAAUAGGGUGUGGCUUGACUGUGGUUGGACUGUAUUUAUGGAAUUCUAUUCUAUCUGCAUUGGGUAUUUCUUGGUCUUUAGAUACGAAGGGAAUUCACGUUUCAAUGUUCAUAUUUAUAACCUGAAAGCUGCAGAGAUAAACUAUCAGUCUAAUAGCUUAAAUAACUCGCAUGAACCUUGCUAUGAUAAGCAUUUAAAUGAUACAGAAGAUGGUGACGUCGCCGGGAUUAAGGCUUCCCAGCCUGCAGAUUCUAGUUCGUACUUUUUGGUUGACAAUGAUUUCGAUGAAGAUGUAGAUCAUGAUAGGAAGAAAUGUAAGAACUCUACAUGUCUGGAUCAGAAAAACCAUGAGGAUGAUUUACAAGCAACGUUUCAAUCCACUCGAGACAAAGGCAUUCAAGUUAAUGGGGUUGAGGUUAUAAGUGCCACAGAUGAAGGUGUACUGUAUUUCUUAAAUGGAACACAAAAGAACACCAAAGAAAUAAAGCAAGAAAUCGAACCCGAUAUAGGGGAAUACGAGUCAUUUGGAAAAUCCAACGUGAAAGUAGAGCUUCCAGCCAUGAACUCUCCAAGAAGUAUUCAACGGAGUCGGAGAGAUGCAACGACAGAAGGAAAACAGAUUGCUUUACGUGCAGCUGCAAUGUUCAAACCCGACAAUCCUUUCUGCAGGAUUAUCUUGCGUCCAUCCUAUGUAUAUAAGGGAAUAUUUCUACAUAUCCCUCGCUGCUUCGCUCUGAGGUACCUGAAUGGAGUUGAUGGGAUCAUCACACUUCAGGUAUCCGAAGGUAAAAAGUGGCCAGUUCGAUGUAUUUAUGGGCAGAGCAGUUGGAAGUUUAGCAAAGGAUGGGCUGAGUUCGUGUUGGAUAAUAAUUUAGACGAAGGGGAUGUUUGUGUAUUCGAGCUUAUUAACACAAAGGAGAUUGUGCUGAAAGUUACCAUAUUUCGUGUUCUUGAAGAUGGCUUAGCAGUGAACCAACUAUAAUCCCGUAAUUUGCUCGUCGACCAGCUAACAAUGUCAGGUACAUCUUUGCUUUCCUGCUGUGCUUUCCUGCUUCA